AUGUGCGAUAAAGCUGCAUGUGACAGGCAAAGCAAGUGCUCUUAUCUUCUUAGGAAGUUGCAAGAUUUCUUUCACCAUGAUAAGAUUGUGGAUGGAGGUGACAGUAUUAAGCAGUUGACUCAAAUCAUUGGUGUGGUCAGUGGCUGUGAUGAAGGUCAAGCCUAUUUUAAAGCUGUACAACAAUAUGUUGUGCAAACUAUGAUAGGGCUAUUAGAAGGUUCUGGAGACCACUUUAUCUUUCUACCUCCUGAAAGUGAUUUGUUUAAUGAAUCAAAUGCUCUUUAUCUUUUAAGUCUCCUGGCUUUUCAAGCUGGGGACACUGCUUGUUUGGAGGAAAUUGCAAGCUUCCCUCAAAGUUAUCCUAAUGAUGGUUAUUUGAUGAUCAGUGUGGGAGUGAUGUUAAGUCAGAGGAUGAAGUAUAAGCUUGGUGAAAAAUGUUUUCUGAGUGCAUUGAGUUACUUUGAACAUGAACAGAAUCAUCUGGGCACUGUUGUUACCACUGUGAACUUGGCAGCCUUUCAUAAGAUUUGUGGAGACUAUCAGAAAGCUAAGUCUUAUUGUAAUGCUGCAGUUGGGUUUUGCUGGGAUUUCACAAGGACCCCAGCAACUGAUGUUCAUUUGAAAGUAGCCUUUAGACUUGUUACCCUAUCUCAAGAACUCACAGACUACAAAAGUUAUCAUGAUAUUCUGAGUGUUGCUGUGAAAUAUGACAUUGACCAGAUUAGAGAUACUUUUGCAGUGCAGCACAUGAAGCAGCUGAUGACUUUGCAACUGAAAGAACAUGAAGGUGAACAGAUUAAACAUGACAAACUGGAAGAACUUGCCUUACAACUGUUUGUUGCAGAUACAUUCAUACAAGCACAACCACUGACUGCUGACUUCAUAGCAAUUGUUAUGACAUUGGCAGAGAUGUACUGCACCACUAAGUGCUUUAAUGAAGCUAGGCAGUUGAUUGACAAGUUGGAGUCAACAUUCCUGCAUUUUAAUGGUGGAAAUUGCCCACUUUUUGGCUUUUUACAGUACCAAAUUGGCCACUUUAAAUUUAAGUAUGGAGAGGCUAGUGACGCACAGAGUAGUCUCCUAAAAGCUGAGCAAAUAUACAUCCACUUCUUUGGGAUAGAGCAUCACAUGGUUGGAUCAUGCAAGAGUCUACAGGGUGCCUGUGCCUUGCAGAAAGGAAACCGUAAGGCGGCCUGUUAUUUUCUAAAGGAGGCUUGCAUUAUUUUUGAGGAAAUAAAUCCCCACCACCAAAAAGUAGGCACAAUUCUUUUGAAGUUAGCUGAUCUGGAGAGUGAGGCUGGAAAUUUUGAGAAUGCCAAAUUAACCAUUGAAGAAGCAUUGGAAAUGUUCAUAUUGUCUUGUGGUAAGGUCUCCCUUAAGACAGCCCUUGCUUAUCUUCAGGGUGCAUCUAUUCUGCAAAGGAAAGGAAAAUUCAUGCGUUCAGCUUUGGACAAAGUGAAAGAAGCCAAGGACAUCUUUAUCUACCAUGGCUUGCGCCAUGAUCAUCCAGAUGUUGCCUUCUGCCACUGUUUGCAAGGCCAGUUACUGCACUCCCUGGGUCAAGUCAAAGAAGCAGAAGAGGAGUUUCUCUUUGUACAUCAUCAGCUAUCAUCACAAGAUGACUUGUCUAUGAAGACCAAGGUUAUUACCCCUGAACUUUUUCGAAUGUUCUUUUUGGUAGAUACUGAUGGUCUUGCCCUCAAGGGUUCUCUCUUUUCCCACUUUCUUUCUCUUGUCAGUCUGGUUCAUAUGAAAACAAGGGAUGAAAAAACUGGUCAUAUGAGAGAAAUGUUCAGCUGUUUGGAAGAGCUAGACUCCGAGUUCCUGACAGUUUCAAAUAAUGUGGGCAAACAUGUGCACUGUGCAUUGCAGAGAAUUUUGGAGGCUGAUAUCCAGGUUUAUUGCAUCUUCAUUCCUGAUUCUGCUACACCACUAGAAGAGGAUGAGUCCUUUUCAUCAUCAUACAGUGACAAGGAAAAGAGGCCAUCAGGAGAUUUUGACAAUGUGUUCUUGAUGUCAUCAUGCAGUGGCAAUGGAAAGAGGCCACGAUUUCUUCUCUUCUGGAAGACAUCUGAUGUCUUGGAAACAGGAGACUUGGGCUGUGUUACCUCUUCCUUCCGUGAAAGUGUUAAACUACUGUGUCUACAGCCUAAGUUUAGAAAAACUUUCCAUGAGAAACAAGAGUUUUUCAUGAAGCUGCCAAUUCAAGAGCAAUCACCUGCUGUACCUUCCCUCUCUUCCCGAAUUGACUCUCUUCCACUUCUAGUUGAUUUAGAGUUAUCAAAAUUGCACAACCAGUGUGACAGCAUAGAUAGUUCUCCCACUGCAUCUACUCUUUGGCCUUUGGCUCAUGUGUCUUACUUUUCCUUUAGAUUUUCUUCCUCUGAUAAGGCACUGCUUGUUUUUUUCAAGUGGAUUUCUAGUUUAAGUAGAAAACUGGAAUUGUCUGAGGUGCUCAGCAUUUCAACUCCAAAGAUCCCCUUGGCUUUACAUAGGAAUUGUGCAGUCCACUUUACUUUUUUGGACCCUAUCUGUGCCUCCUUGUCACUUGCUGUUGAGGAAGGAUCUGUUUAUGUAAAGUGUCGAGCUGUAAAAGAAAGUGGGUCAACUUGUAUUUGUUCCUCUGUGAAGUGUGCUUUGGAGAGCAUCAUGGAGUCUCUUGAGUCUGAUUUUCGAGGAUCAGGCUUUGAACAAACUCAGUGUUUGCCAUGUGUGGAGGAUGGUGGUGAAAAUGCUAAGGAGCCAACAAAAUGUUAUUGUCACUGUAAGGACUUUCAAGACAAAUCUUCCUGCAAUUCUGACCAAAAGUUGGAUUUACAUGCACAAACCAACUGGGAACCAGAUUCUGAUGUGCUAAAGAUAGGACCAUCUAUUGACCUGUCACAGACUGAGGUAAUUAAAAUUUUUACUUUGUGAUUGAUAUCACUAAAACAAGUAGGUUCAUAGGUUAAAACUUCUCCAGAUAAAUAUUUGUUUUGGCAUGAUGCAAAUGUAUACAUGCUUGUACAAGGUGUAAUCUUAUUUCUUUCUCUUUCUACCUUUAAAGAAGGCAAGGAAGGGGGCUAUUUAGUUUAGGAGUCAAAAAUUUUUUAUCCUCAUUAUUUUGAGAAGGUUAAUUAUUUUUACUCAAACAGUGUAGUGGUUGAAGUAGAAUCUUGCAGUCACUGUCUCAAGAUAUUUUUGAAUCAGCAUAUAUCUUUUAGAACUUUGGGUCAUCUGUCAUUCUGAAAAAUUCCCCAAGAUGCACUGAUAGAAUUGGAAAAGAUGGUGAAUUUUCCAAGAUGUUUAGACCAUUUUUAUCAAAGUUUUUGUCGUUUGCAUUGCCAUGAGUUUCCUGUGUGAUUGAUAAAGAGGGUAAUUAAAAUGUUUCUAAGUUUAGGGUUAAAAUGAAGGAAUGUAUUGGACUCUGGAUCAAGAAUUCCAAAUUCUAGCUUUUGCUGGAGUCACUAGGCUUUGUUCUCGGUCACUCUUUAACUCUUUAACUCUCAAGACAUGAUUGUUAAUUCUCCCCUCUAGUCGCUACAAAUUUCCUUGUAAACAAGUUAUGAGAAUUUGGUGUUAGAUCAAGAUAACAGCUUCUACCUGAUACAUUUGAGUAUUCUCAUUACCUGCUUGCUGGAUAGUGAAUAGAUGGAUGUUGUAGGGAGAAGUCACUUGUUAAUCACUUGUUAAAGACUUGAAAGUCAUUGAUUUAGAAUUCAUAAAGGUAGAAUUUCUAGUAUAAAAUAAGUCCAUUUUCGGCAGGAUCCUGUUUAUUGAAAUUGUUCUCUUUUUGGUUAUAAAACAUUAUAACUAAAAGAAAGAGUGAAUAUCAAUCAUUGUAGAUUUACCCAUAACUGGGAGAUGUCAUCAUGAAAUUAUUUAUGAAAAGAUUAAUAUUACAAUGACUUCAUGUAUUAUUUUUAUUUGCCUUAAAUUGACUAUGGUUUUUUUUAUUUGAUAGGAUACUGAAAGCUUAUCAUUCACUGCCCACUCUGGAGACAAGAUUGGUACUGAUGUUUGUGUAAACCUUUUAGAGUGUAUUUUGAGAAACAGACAGUUAUCUUUAGAAAUACAACUUUCAGGCAACAACGAUGGAUUAUAUACUACUGAUGGUACAGAAGAACAUGUUAACUCUCUUUUAACUCCUGUGUCAGCCUCAUCACUGAACAGUUUGCCCUUGAGUCAGUAUGAUGCCACACAUGAAAACCCAGAGUUUAUGCAGAAAGCUUUGCCAUCUUUGAAGAAUGUCUGUGGAGAAACAUAUUCAGGAAAAGAGACAGGUAAUGUCUCAAACACAUCAUCAACUUCACAGGGAAUAUUUGUCAGCAGUCACUACCAUGAGAGUGCAGCAGUGAAGUCAAAUUGUGAAGAAGGUUGGAUUGCAAAGUAUCAUCCUAGCUCAGAAACCAAAGACAAUUUGCCACCAAAUGGAAGUCCUCAGGAGACGUGCAGUGUUCAAAGCAUUGAAGCAUGCUCUAACAAAGAGGAGUUGAGGGAGGAUCACGGAAUGGAAUUUGAUCAGAGUCUUGGACUUCCAUUGAUCACAGAGAAUGGCAAAGGCACCAUUCCCAAUGGCAACCUGAUCUGUGAAUUGCAAGAUGAAGUCGUGUUCUACCAGGAUCAAUGCUAUGAACUAAGAGAAGAAUUAAUAAAAUUGAAAGAGAAGUUGAAGCUCUGUGAAGAGGAGAAACAAGGUCUUCAAGCUGACAUAGGAAGACAGUUGUUUCUAGAAAGCAAAGAAAGACGAUGCAGGGAAAAGGUUUAUCAACCCCCCAGCAAACAUGCCAGUGGAAUGAGUAAGCCUGUUGGCGUUAGAGGUGCAUCCCAUGACUUUUCAGGUACAGAUGUUAGGCUGCUUGGUGGUGCAUGUCCUUUAGAAAAAGCAGGUAAAUACUUUUUGGAAUAGUUACUGUGGCUAUUGUGCUCCUGAUAGGAUUCAUAUUAACUGUAUGUUACUUCUACUACAGAUUUGCAUUAUUGGUGUACAUUACUUAUCAUGUCCUAAAGAUGAUCACCAGAAAGCGUGCUCGAUUGGUAAAGAUCAUGGCUUUCCGUCUUUGUCUUUCAAUAAUGCACAUUAAAAGGCAUAUGUUGCACAAUCUGAAACCGUGUUGUAUAGCCAUUUAGUCAGUAUGUCAAGUUAUAACUGAAAAUUAAUACUGUACCUUUAUUUAGAAAUUCCAUUACAUUAACAAAGGCUUUCAAAAUUUCAUCUUUCUUGGGAUAAGUAUGCGUGCAUGCAUUAUACUAUUCCAAGACGGUAUUAAUGUGAAUGAGAAAAAUAACUGCAUUUCUAAGAGUUACCUCACAUUUAUCUUGUUUGUGUUUCCUUUUGCAGGUAUCUUGCUUCAACAAAGACUCCAGGAGAUCUCACUUUCCCUUUCAGAAUUGGAACUAAGCAGGAUCAAGAAGCUUGUUCGACCCAUGUUGGAUAGCUUUAGACUAGCCAGGAUCAGGGAGGCUUCAGAGUUGUUUGAGGAAUUAGAAAGAAGAGGGAAGUUUUCCUUUUCCUUUGUUAAAGAUCUUCUGGAAAGAAUCCAUCGUUUUGAUCUUGUAGAGAAACUUGCUGAACCUUUUCACAAUGGUGGAGAAUCGUGUAGAAGGGAAUCUUGUUCACCUCAAGAGAACAAACAACUGGUUGACAUGUCUGAAAGUGUUUCUGGUGUCAAUGGUAAACAAUGCGAUGAAAUGGAAGAAAGGAAAGAAAUAUUUGACAACACUGAAGUUGAUGAAGAGGACGAAGUUUGCAACAAUUCCAAUGUAAACUCACUUAAUGGUGAUAAAGAGGGGGCUGCUCUUACUUUUCAUGCCGAGAGUGUGAAUGGAUCAAGGUUUUUUGGAGAUGUGGAUUUGUCAGAGGAGAGAUACGAUUCAGCCUCAGGUUUGUCUCAGUCAUUUGAUGCGUCAAGUAUUGGAUUGGACUCCCGAGAGAAGUCUUGGUCACCUUCAUUUACAGUUGAACAAUUUGAAAGUGAAAAGCUGAAAGGAGCAUGUGCUGCUAAUGGCAAAAGGGUCAAAGAAGUUACUCAUGACUUCUCUUUUCCUGAUGGUGCAGAGACACAAUCUUAUUCUAAUCAUCACUUUAAUGACACUAUAGAUGGUGCAGCUAAUUUACCAGAAAGAGCCCAAGAUAGUUUAAAGCAAGAAGACUUGACUAGUGUGAAUCAAGAUUCUCUUCCAAAUGGAGACACAACUCAGAGGCAAAAUGUUUCAGGUGCAAGGUUCACUGCUCAAAAGGACACAGCAAUAGAUCUUUCUGACUCUCAUGUGAGCAGUCAGUCAAAGAAAUGGGAGCAUUUAGGGGCCAGGCCAAGAGACAGACCUCUUAAAACAGACAGAUGUCCAGAACCUUCUUUGCUAAACUCAUUGGAAGACUUGGUACCUCCACAAGUUGCUGGACCUGUGGCUCAUGGAGUGGCCAACACAUUCUUAGAAAGACACUCAGAAGACAAACAUCUUCAUGAAAGUUUAUAUUACACUAAUGUUGAGAAGAUGUUGACUGAGAAUUCUUCAUUACAAGGAGCCUCUCAUGUAGACAGCAUGGUAAACUUGACUGAGUCAAAUAAAGCUCAACUGUACUUUGGUGAAUGUCAAGUUCCUUUCAGGUCAGAUCCAUAUUCUCAAACAUAUGCGUCAGUGUUCCCUCAGACUAGUGGAGCAUGUAUUGGAGGAAAUAACAGUUCAAACACUGGCCUCAACUUAUUGAAUCCUAAUGUAGCCAACAACUUUGUGCCUUUUACAGGACUGCAAGAUGGGACUUUUCCAUCUUUACAAAGAAAUGAAGUUUUUCAUUCAGGGUUCACUGGUUCAGGAUUGACCUCUGAUUUCAUGCAGCCCACAGGAUCUCAAAUAGGUGCCUUUAACACGUUGAAUUUCAAUUUAUCAUUAAAUGAGUAUGCUCUUGGUACAAGAGAGGCUCAAACACCACCGGAUGGGCAUUUUACAAGUUUACAAAUUAAUCAACCAAUUCACCUAGGGUUACAUGGUUCAGGCUUCACUUCUGACUUGACAGGGUCCAUAAGGCCUGAAAUGACACAUUCUGCAACUGGUACACAUAGAAACAGUGACUUCAGUGGCAGUGCAUCAAUGUUACCUUCAACAAGAAAUUCUGGAUUAUUAGGAAGUUCAUCAGUUAACAAGCAAACCUAUGGUUUCCCUCCAGAUGCUUCCCCAACUUCAUCUUCAGGAGCAAGGGUUAAUGGAUCUGAUAGCAGGCUUUUUUCAGAAUCAGAGUCAAGUAGAGUUAGUCAGUUAUUGCCAGUCACAACAGGCAGGGAUGGUUUGAAUACAUCUGAAGAGGUUAACUCUAGUAGCAAUGCAAUGAAUGCAUCUGGUGAUCAUUUGGCUUCUGGACGCUAUAGAGAAGGAAGCAGGGCCUAUAAUUCUUCAAGCUCUCACAUGAUAUCUGGUACUGAUACAGGGGAGAGUCAAUCUGGCGAAACUGAAGAUUCAGUCACAAACAGAAACUAUGGUACAGAGUCAGUAGAGUCUACAGAUAACUCCCUGCUUGAAUUGGAACAGCGUGUUGAAGAGGCUUGUGCAAUGGUGGAAAGAGUGCUUAGGGAGAGAGAAGAAAGAGAAGAGUUUGGUCGGGAAAUUGAAAGAAAAGAGCGUGAAAUUCGAGCAGAAAGAGCACGAAAGAAGAGAGAAAGAGAAGCAAGGGAGCUAGAGGAAGCCAGAGGAUGGCCUCAACAGCAGGAACCAGUUACUGGACAAUCUUUAUGGCUUUGUGAGCAUUACCAACGUCAUUGUAGAGUACGUUUCCCUUGCUGUAACAACUUCUAUUCAUGCCACCGUUGCCAUAACAAUUCCAAGGAAUGUGACAAUGAGGAAGCUAAAGCAAGUCAUGCAACUCACCUUAAAUGCAGCUAUUGUCAUCAUGAACAAGAGGUGAUGAAAGGUUUUUAGUUAUGUUGUAAAUUAUAGUUAUAAAAAUUGCCACAUUUUGUUCUGGGAGUGGUAGAAAACAUCCAGGGAGGAGAUUCAUGUCCUUUUUUCCAGUAAUGUUUGUUAACUGUUUUGGUGAGCUAUUAAUUACAAUACACUCUUUACUGUCGUUAACUCACUUUGCACGUGUUUGCAAAAUUUUAGUCGCCAUUGAAAUAAACAUUAAGCAAAACAAAUCUCACUGCAAAGUCAGAUACCAAAAUGUUAUCCCCUUUCCAUGGCAACUACACUGGCCACAGGUUGGAGCACUGUUCUCCCUGAUGAAUGAGACAAUCUAUGUUAAGAACUUUGUGACCAUAAUUCCCACUAACUUAGAGUGUGAGACUUUGAGUUUGAUUUUCCAAAUCAUUUCCUUUCAGAUUGGUGAAGACAGUGGCAAGUGUCGUAGUUGUGGAGCAAAGAUGUCAGCAUACUUCUGUGCUAUUUGUAAACACUUCACCAGCAUUGACAAAAAUCCAUACCACUGUGAAAAAUGUGGAAUAUGCCGGUAACUGACCUGACAGAGUUUUCAGUUAAUAAAGAACUUUUCUGUUGUGUUUUCCAAAGCUUUUUAUGUUUUGAAGCCACAUGAGCUUUUUCAAGGGCUCAAAGUGUAACUUUUCUUGUAAGUCAUCUUUUUGGCAACCUACAUGUGUAGAAACAUAGAAUGGUUACCAGAAAGUAAACACUUAAACAGCUCACAUUUUGCCUAAAUCUUUCUUUUCUCAAUCCUACCUUGAAGCCAGCUUAACAAAUUUGAUUUUUCUACCACUUCAAGCAGGGCACUGGUCUUAUUAUGCCAUGUUUUCUUGUAGCAUACAUAAAGACAAAUCAUUCCACUGUGAUGUGUGCAAUGUCUGUCUCGACAAACGCCUUCAAGGAAAGCACAAGUGUAGGCCAGACUCUGGCCAUGAUGAAUGCUGUAUCUGUUUAGAGGUGAGCUGGUAAACUUCAAAAUUCUUAACCAUUGGUUUCUUAAUCAUUUUUAUUAUUAUUUAUAUUAUUAUUAUUAUUAUUAUUAUUAUUAUUAUUAUUAUUGUUACUAUUGUUGAUAUAUUUGUAACAAUUUUCCUUUUCACUUCUUUUCUCAUGAGUAAAUGAUCCUACUCUGUAAGUGUAACACUGUGUUCUUUCCAAAGUAAGGUAUCGAAAAUCACUUUCACACAAGCUGUGUUCUCUGACCAGUUUUACACCUUCUGACAUUUUACUGUUUUUUUUUUUUUUUUUUGGCCAGAAGUCAUAUAAAUGUGACACUUACUUUAGAUUCAGACAUACUUCGGUACAAUUUUUCUAACCCACUACAUGUGUAUAUACUAGUAAACUUGUUUAUACCUUCCUUUCAUCCCUUAUUUCUUGACUAUAUGAUAACUCUAUGUUAAUUAUGACUUCAGCAUAAUAACUUUUCAUUUUUGGUUUACUCAUAGGAUGCUUUCAGUGGAUGUCAGAUUUUACCCUGCUCACACAAGGUUCAUCGAGAAUGUGCAAUAGCUAUGAUACAGAAUGGAAUGUAAGCACUUAAUUCUUCUAAUCAAUAUUCCUUCUUCACUUCUUUGCCUUGUUUGUUUAUUUGUAUGUUGUUGGGCUAGGCUACACAAUUUCCACUUGAUCAUCAUCACUUUCCCAGAGAAAACAAGAAGUAUAUCCAAAGUUAAAAACUCUUCUAAGCAGCUACCUCAUACACUACUGUGACCAGACUAUUUUCAGUUAUUGGAAAUUCUCAGAACUACUAGGAUGAACCUUUUGUGCAACCACUUAAGGUAAUGCAAGCUCAUUAAGAAGCAUCAGUUGGGUUACAAGCCUUGCAUUUUAUUUGUUUAACUUUUCCCUCAGAAAGUGGCAAUUGGUCCUCUACCUGGGUGCAAUAAGGCUUGUCUGGCUUAUGGAUACUUUUCCGUGUUUUCUUGCAAGUGAGGAACCCACUCCACUACUUCCUCACUUGCUUGUAGGGAAUCAGAAUUCUGCUGUAGGGCAUAUAACCUGUUAGUUAACUACAGGUAGCAAAAAAAUUGAUUUGUAUGCCAAUUAUUAGUAAUUGUAUGUCUCUUAUGUUUCUUAUUUAAGCCGCACAUGCCCAGUAUGCAGACACCCAUUAUACAGCCCAGCUCCUGAGUGAAAAUUGCUGCAUUUCAUGUUGGUGACAGUCAGCU